CGGAAAAAACAACACCGCUCCACUGCGGGGCUGCCCAUCUUCUUCUGACCUCUUUCUUCUCCGCAUCCACUGCCGCGACGGGACCUCGCCGCGGUGCGACCUCACCGCUCCACUGACGCAACCUCGUCGGCUGUGCCAUGGGAGCUCUGGCCCCCUCGCAUCAGCUGCUGGCGGGCCCGCGAGCUAGGGUUUCCGGUCACCGCGGAUCUCGACGGCCUCCUUCGCUGAGCUCCUCACAGCCCCGCGAUGCAAUAUCGUCAGCCGUGCCGCCUGAGGUAACUGCCAAAUGAAUUAGCCUGUCCUCCCUAAUCAUAAUCUGUUCAAUAACCUUGUAGUGCCCAAGCUUAACAGACUCCGGAUUAUCAAAAGUUGAUGCGAUCUCACCACCAGUGACAAGAGCUAGCCGUUCAAUGCCCUCAAAAUCAGCAUGCUCAAUUGCGAGGAUGCCAACAUCAACAAAGAGUUCUUCAGGGAAGUUAUAGAUUAACUGCCUGUUGACAAAAUAGUUGAUCCCAUGCGCUAUAAUCUUCUGCACCUUCUUUCUCAUUUUCUGCUUUUCAGCAGCUUCAAUAUCUGCAACCUUAAACAUUGAAUCCACCCAGACACAUGCCCCAUAGUCUUAAAUCUGUGUCCAUAGCACUGUUUGCAACCAAAAUUUUGGCAUUCUCAAUUCUCUUAGGUUGCCCAAUGCCAAUUUUCUUGUCAAGAAUGAACCCUUCAUCCAAAAAGGAGUCCUUAAGAGAUCCUCCAGGUUUCUUCAGAAUUUGAAUGGCUUCCAGGUUGGUGCUGCCCUUAAGCCUUAAUACAGCGUCAACUGCAAGUUCAGCAAAGUACUCUUUAUCCUGGGAAAGAAUUUUUGAACUAAGGGUAGUCAUAGCAAUGUUCAUGAGAUCAGCUCUGAACUUAUCUGAACAUACUGUACAUGUUAAAUCAGUGCUUUACUUUGAACUAAUAAAACACCGUUAACUGGUAAUUUAUCAUUGCUAUGGUCCUUCAGGCUAUUUGAGGAGAUGUCGUCAUCGUCAUCAUCAUCCUUACUCUCUGGCUCCAAUACUGUGAGUGUUGAGCUUCAUCUAAUCCCUUGCAAGCUCUGCAAUGGGGUGGUGAUUGAGCGGGUCUCCAAACAACCAGAAAGCACAUCGAGGAAGUUCUACCGGUGCAGAGCCAAGAAAAUGGAUGGGUCUCAAUGUGAUUUUUUCCAUUGGCAAGCGAGCUAUGCUGUUUUGUUAAUCAAGGAUGGGGUUGUCAGUGGUGACCAUUGCCUUGAGUUGUUAAUGGUCGCACUUAAUGAUCAUGGCAAAGCUGUUGAAUCUCUAACCAAUUCCAUCAGAGAGAUGAAGAAAAAGUUGUCCGACCUGGAGUUAGUGAUGGAAGAGCUGGAUAACGUGAAAAAGUCAAUGAAGGCAGCCAUGGUUGGAAUUGAGGAAAACAAUAAAACGAUAGCUGCAUUGAAACUGAUGGAGAAUGAGAUGCAAAUGCUGAAAGGGUCAACUAAAGUGAAACCUAGGAAUAUGGCACUGUGUUUUCUGCUUUUGGCGUUGAUUGGGUGGUUUGUGAUGGGACAGAUGUAUUGGGGGGAGGAUUAGGAAGCAUCCGGCCGAUUUAUGCUGAGAGGCUAAUGAACUUUGGAUGGACUUUUGUAUAGCUAGAUAUAAUCAGAACUGGUUAGGCCUAGAGAUGGCAAUGGGGACCCGAUCCCCGAUUCCCCGCGGGGAAUUCAUCCAUUAGGGGAUGGGGAUGGGGAAGAAACUUCCCCCGCGGGGAUAUAAACGGGGAAAGUUUAUCCCCCGACGGGUAAAUGGGGAUGGGGACGGGGAAGCAUUCCCCAUCCCCGUUCCCCGUGGGGACCCGUUAACUUGCAUGUGACUAUGUUUUUGUGUACCGGUUAACAACAAAAAUAAAUAAUUACCUUGUCAAGAGACCACUAAUUGUACAAAUGUGUUCAUUUUGAUGUAUGCAUAAUGAUUUCUUAC